AUGAAGGAAGUGAUUGACAAUUCUAAGAUAGUUGAUGGAAAGAGAAAACGCGUAAUGUCUGCAAAUGGAGUGAUGUACGUUGUAACAAAGGAACUAAUGCGAGAAUAGAGAACUUCAGUUCCUUAGGUUUAAAAGACAGUAGUAAAGAAAAAAGAAAAAAGUAAGGAGGUCAGAGAAAAGUCGUAAUGCAAAAACGAUAAAAGAGUGAGAAUAACAAAGUCAGCUUUGAGAGAAUUGAUACAAAGUCACUUUAUAGUAGUCGAUGACGAUGAAGAAGCAAUGAUCUAAAGCAGCAAAACUCACUGGUUGGAAAUAAAAAUAGACACAGUUCAUCAUCUAAUUCUGAAUUUGAUUCUUCAUCAUCAUCUAGUUAUUGAGCAAGGGAUUUUUGAUGUUUAAAUUAUAUAUAUAUAUAUAUUAAAUAUAGAUUAUUACGAAUAAGGCACUAAUGAGAUUAACUCUCUCUCCGAAUAACAUGGUUGUACAAAUCAAAAGAAACCCUUAAUUAAUCCUAACAUUCAAUCAAAUAGAAAAUUCUAAAGAAUUGAUUAUAAAUAAAGUUAACCUAAAACUUUUAAAGCUUUAGGGAAAGUUGACUUAGGAUUUCAGCCUAUAAGUUUAUUGUUAGUAAGGGUAUUUUGA